GCCCCCACCCCAGUGUUCACUCCCAAAACUUAAGGAAAACAAGUUAUAGUAAAUACUGGGAUGUGCAGAAGCCCAGCCGCGUCUCCUUACUGGCACCUGGGAAGGAGAAAGGGACCACAGACUCAGCCUUUUCAUUACAUGAUGCCACCCAUGGUGCCUCUGAGGCACCGCCAGGGGCACAUAACCUUUCAGAUAGAAUUACCCGGGCUCACAGUUUACCCAGUAGGCAAAAGAGGCCUAUGACCCUACCCUCUGCCAAGGUGGAAGAUGUCUUUGACAAAGUUAGCCAGAAAGAGGUUCUACUGGGGAGGCCUUUGGACCAGUACAAUGCCCUGACAAAGAAGAGCACUCUCUUUUCUUCCUUUGGACUCAGAGGAAAAACUGAUGAGAACCUGGGGCCAAUGAGAACAACAAAGGCUUUCAGCAAUGUCUUUAGCAACCCAGGAGCAAUGGACAUCUGCCAUCCUCCAAAGAUGACAUCCCAGCCAUGGAAUAAGUCUUCCUCAGGCCACAUGGACAUUCCUUUCCCUGGAGAAAACUCAAGUUCCAAGCACUUACCUGUCAGAGCACAAAUGACUGAGUGUUAUUCUUCCUCCUCCUCCUCCUCUUCUGAUACCACCUCCUCUUCAGAUGGUGAAUUUGAACCCAAACCUUCCUUACCACCAAAGGAAAGACGAAAACUUAAAAGAAUAAGGAAGAUGGAGAAGGCCUCCAAACUGCUGGCUAAGCAAGAGGAAUUCAAAAGGCUUUACAAGGCCCAGGCUAUCCAGCGUCAGUUAGAAGAGGUGGAAGAGCGCCAAAGAGCCUCGGAGAUCCAGGGUGUUGAGCUGGAGAAAGCGCUGAGAGGAGAGUCAGAUUCAGGCGCACAGGAUGAGGCACGGCUCCUGCAUGAAUGGUUUAAGCUGGUUCUGGAGAAGAAUAAAUUAAUGCGAUAUGAAUCUGAGCUCUUGAUCAUGGCUCAAGAAUUAGAAUUGGAAGACCACCAAAGCAGGCUGGAGCAGAAGCUAAGAGAAAAAAUGUCCAUGGAAGAGAGCGAAAAAGAUGAAAAAGUUCGAAAUGAGGAACAGGAGAUUUUCACCAAGAUGAUGAAAGUGAUUGAACAGAGGGACAAACUAGUGGAUUCCUUAGAGGAGCAGAGAGUGAAAGAAAAAGCUGAAGAUCAACACUUCGAAAGUUUUAUGUUAUCUCGAGCUUAUCAACUCAGCAGAUCAUGAAGAAGCCUGGGUACAUGCAUCCCAGCUACUGGGGGCAACUCAAGGAUCUUGGGGGGUCAGAAAAAGAAUAAGUUGCCUGAUGAAACAUGAUUGGGGAAAUUCUUAGUACCAAAGCUGUAAUGCUGGUGGGCAAGUAGGGCUAUGCCCCAGGGGGAGUGAAACUUAGGGGACGCAGACUACUACACUUGCAGCCCAUUCAGCAACAAAGGAACGACUGAGCUUAGUGUGUACAGCAGCUAUAUCCUAAGGGGGGCUUUUAUCUGGCACUGCCCUGCCCCAGGACUGGCAUCACAGUGUUCUUGGGUAAAUACUCCUCCCCAUCAUACAAAUGUAAUACUAUUGGCUCUGGGAGCAAAAAAAUGGCUAAUUAUGACACUUUCUUUCAAGGUCAUAAACAGAUAAACAGAGAAAAAAAUCCAAAGACAGAUUUUUUUUUUUUAAAGAAGAACAAUAACAUGGCAGGGUGGUAAGGUACUAGACUGUAUUCUGAGGACACAGGUUCAAAUCGUGGCUCUGUUACUUAGCACCUGUGUAAAUUUGGCCAGUCAUCUUUCCAGGGCUCAAUCCUCACCUAUAAACAAAAGAAUUGCACUAGGUAACCUUUGAGAGUCCUGCUAACUUGAGAUCCAUGCACCUAGCAGUCUAAUCAGGUGUAUAACCGCUCUCCCAGAUCCUCUGAGAGAUUUACAAGGACCGUUUUGAAAAUGUUGGCCAAGUCACCAGAUACUCUGUUGCUCUCUUGGGGUAGUACCUUUGUCUGGAGAAUGGACAUCAUCUUUUGUCCCUGUGGAAGUGACACACACACUGGGGCUUUACUGUUGCAAUUAAGACUGAGCUUUCUUAAUCCUCGGAUAUCAUUGAGAGGGCUCUCUGUGCUUUAACUUUUUAAAGAGACUUUUUUCCCCCAUUAAUUUAUCCAUAUUUGCUUUUUUUUUGUAUGGGUAGACUGUUUUUAAAUGUCAGAAGGAAGCUCCACUGCUUUAAAGAUUAGAUUAAUAUUUAAAUUGGGUUUCUGGAGGAGGAGAAGCCCCUUUGUCCACUGAUUACACAAAGCAAACACCCAGUAUAGCAGGUGUGAAUUCAAUCUAGGGUGGGUUUAAUUUACCAGGUGCAUUUGCAAACCCUAAUGUAAUGUACACAAGGGAUGUACUUUUAAUACAACAUUUGAGUGCUAAUUUUGUCCAAGUCCCAAACUGUUACUUAAUACCAGAGGGAUUAACAGCUUUGACAAAAUGUUAUGGGCUUAAAAAUGCCUUGCCUUUGGGGAACUCUAUUUGGUUGGGUCCAGAACAUGAAAAGGCAAGUUGGAGGGUGGCUAGGCUUUCAUUGUUCAUUGUUCUUUGAGGGUUUUAUAUACUGUCCGUCAUAGAAAAAAAGAGAGAGAGAGAGAGAGAGAGAAGCCCUGAUUUUGGGCAUCUAAGCUCCAACCUCUGUUUUAGCUGCUGCUAAAAUAUGACAAUACCAGGUCCCAAUUAGUGUGAAUAACGGGGUCCCUUGAAGUGGUCAUAUGUAUUCCAAUUUGCACUAUUCAAAAUUGUACUAUUAUAAAAUUAAGAAAUUGGUCCCAACCCAAUAGAAAUAUGCAGGAUGAAUUCGAAGAAUGAGACCACUUGGGAGCUGUUAUUCUCUCUGAUUGGUAUCUAGCUCAUGGACUUCCCCACUCCUGCAUUUUCAUGUUCAAGCUCCAGAUUUCUGAAGUUUCCAUUAGUGAUUGGCAUGAGACCCAUGACAGUGGGUGUGGAAGCCGAAGCCUGUGGAUCAAUCAGAAGAGAAUGAUGGUUUCCCAGACCAUUUGGGGAUCUUCAAAGAACUGUCUGUCAUUGACCAGGAAAAAGUCAUUAAAUCCUGGGUAUCUCCAUUGGCUUGGGUUGGCUGAAGGUUUUGUUUUGUUAUUAGGUAAAAGGUUCUUCUAUUAUCAUCACCUAGGACUCAAGAACUAUGUAAUUAAUUUGACUCAUUAUAACUUUAAAAUGUUUAUAAUAAGUUAAUC